GAGGUCACCAUCCAUACCGCCAUGGCUGCGCCCGCCCGCCGUCUGUGCCACAUCGCCUUCCACGUGCCCGCGGGGCAGCCCCUCGCCCAGGAUCUGCAGCGCCUCUUCGGCUUCCAGCCCUUGGCGGCGCGGGAGGCAGACGGCUGGCGGCAGCUGGCCCUGCGCAGCGGCGACGCAGUCUUUUUGGUGAACGAGGGCGGGGGGCGCGGGGAGCCGCUGUACGGCUUGGACCCGCGUCAUGCCGUGCCCAGCGCCGCCAACCUGUGCUUCGACGUGGCGGACGCGAGCGCCGCCACCCGGGCGCUGUCCGCGCGAGGCUGCAGCGUGCCAGUGCCCCCUGUUAGCGUGCGGGAUGCGCAGGGCACGGCCACCUACGCCGUGGUCAGCUCACCUGCAGGCAACCUCAGCCUCACACUGCUGGAGCGCGCCGCCUUCCGCGGGCCCUUUCUGCCCGGCUUUGGACCAGUACCCUCCGCAACCGGCCCGGGCUGGGUCAGCCACGUGGACCACCUGACCCUGGCCUGCACCCCCGGCAGCUCCCCAACACUGAUGCGCUGGUUCCACGACUGUCUAGGCUUUCGCCACCUGCCACUGAGCCCAGGUGAGGAUCCAGAGCUGGGCCUCGAGGUGGCAGCAGGGUCUGGACGCGGGGGGCUGAAGCUUACCGCCCUGCAAAUCCCCCCAGGCAGCGCCGUCCCCACCCUUCUGCUGGCGGAAUCCCUGCUAGGGGCCGCCAACGGACAGGACCAGAUAGAGCAGUUUCUGGCCCGGCACAGGGGGCCGGGCCUGCAGCACGUAGGGCUGUACACGCCCCACAUCCUGGAAGCCACUGAGGGGGUGGCCGUGGCUGGGGGGCAGCUCCUGACUCCUCCUUCGGCCUACUAUCUGCAGCCGGGAAAGGAAAGACAGAUCCUAGCUGCGGGGCAUGAGCCUAGCCAGCUGGCCCGACGGGGAAUCCUGCUAGAUGGCGAUAAAGGCAAGUUUUUACUUCAGGUCUUCACCAAGUCCCUCUUCGCAGAGGACACCUUCUUCCUGGAGCUGAUUCAGAGGCAGGGGGCCACAGGAUUUGGCCAGGGCAACAUCCGGGCCCUGUGGGAGUCGGUGCAGGAGCAAGCUGCCAGGGGCUGAGAAGCCUGAGGGCUGGAACUGGGUGCUGUCACCUC